AUGUCCAAACGGCGUGAAGACUACUUGACCGGAAUAGUCUACUCGUUGGACAUCGAGCUUGAAGCGAUAAAGCUUUUCCUUGACGAAAUACACGUCAUGCUUCCACCAAUUGAGCCAGAUCAAAACAAUUAUACUCUAGGCUCUAUGUGCGGGCAUAAUGUUGUCAUAGCACCCUCUCGGAUGGCUGGGCCUUCUCCAAGGGCUACCGCAGCACAGUCUAUGAUCCGGAGCUUCCCAGAUAUCAGGUUCUGUCUUUUAGUUGGAAUCGGAAGCGGAAUACCUACUGAUGGACGCGACAUUCGUCUUGGUGAUGUUAUCGUCAGCAAACCUUCAGCUGAGCAUGGAGGUGUAGUUCAAAUCAACAUUACCACACGGCAAAAGUUCUCGCCCAUCGGAACGCUGGGUUCACCAUCAUCGUUGUUGUUGCAAGCUAUUGGUUUACUCCAAGCCCGGGACGAACUUGGUGAACUCAAUCUGAGUCAAGAUAUCUCAGAGAUCCUAGCGCAUGCCCGAAAUGCGGACCUUUACGAAUUUCCUGGACGACAUCGAGAUCUCCUCUUCUCCGCAGACUAUGCACAUGCUCGACCUGGAGAAAAUUGUUCGUCCUGUGACCACACCAACCUCAUAUUCAGGAGGGAUCGUGAUGAUCAGGAUAUAGUGGUUCAUUAUGGCUUGAUAGCUGGCAGCAAUUCUAGCGCCAAGGUCCAGGACGCAAAUCUCCGUGAUCAGAUCGGUACAGAGCUGGAUGCUAUCUGUUUUUACAACAAAGCGUCAAGGUUGAUGGACACCCUGCCUUGUCUGGUGAUCAGAGGUGUGGCCGACUACGCUGAUACGCAUGAAAGUGCCGAGUGGCAACCCUACGCAGCUCUUGCAGCAUCUGCGUAUACCAAGCAGUUGCUGUCAGGUGUUGACAUGGACACAAACAGAGGCAUUGCAACAGCAACGUCUCUUGAUCCAGAUCUGUCCAGCGCAACACGCUCAAAUCAGGAACUCGAUAAUGGAGCCAGCACGACCGCAGACAACGACGGAGCCAGUGCGAAUAUUGACACUCUGGGCAAUACCACUCUAGUAGAUGUAGGCAAUGUAACCGGGAUCUCUGCUGCAAAAGGAGUUGCCCAGGUAAUGAUAUCAAAUGAGCGGCUACGAUCUGUAUGCGCCAUCGCCGCACGGCGACUCGAGCGUCAUCAGCUGCAACAAAGCGUGUCCGUUGCCCUAUGGGAGCUUUUGGAUGCCCUGAGGGAACAGCCCCAAAGUCCUGUGUUGAUUGCGUUGGGGCGGUUAUUCAUCCAGCACAGAUCGCACAUCGCUAAAGAUAUCACAGAAUUCUUCUACGAGCGGGCGGACUUGCUCAACGCUGACCAAGUUGGAACGACCCCUAUAUCUGAUUCAACAUUGAUGCAACGGCUCAGCGAUUGGUUUCCUGCCACGAACGUCAAAAACACUGCUGUCGAUAAAGCUCGUCCAGGAGAGGUACUAACUCCGGAUGACCAAAUAGACUUGGAAUCCCAAGAACUUUCCGACGACACUAUGUUGACAAACCUGUAUCAAUUGGAUGAGAUUCUCUGUCAAGGACCGAUCUCCGUAAACAUACUUAGCAAGCUGAAGGAAUUGCUCUUACCGCCGGUCCAUAUCCUCCUUGAAAACACUCUUGGCAAAUGCCUGGCCGAAACACAAGGAGUCUUGAGAAUCACAUGCUUGGUUGAAUGGGAACUGCUUCAACUUGUCGAUAAUGAAGGUCUGGCUGUGGAUGACAUAGACUGCUUGUUCACGUUGAGUGGUGACUUCGAACACGCGCGUGCCGAUCCUUUGGCUAGCCACGAAAUCUGGGAAACAGGCAAAGAGUUGCUUUCUCUCGUCAAACUCUGCUUGACCAUGGCUUCGUAUGACGACUUGAUCCCUUUUCGAUCAAGACUCGAAGCCGGACAGACACAAAUGCAACUUUUCAAGGCGAACAUGAACGCUGAGAAAGAGUAUGCAGUCGUGAAUAUUGCAGGAUCAGCUGAUUACAUCAAGACAACCGUCAACCAGCUCGCUUGGUUGACAGCCACUCUCAGAGUACCGCAUGGUGAGAUGCUGACUGUCAGCUGUAUCAACUUUCAGCCCCACAGAACACAGACUGGUGAGGUCCUGGAGAGGAUGUUCCGAAUGAGUCUUUGGGAACAAAAAAGUCGCCUCAACCAACUGAUGAGCCAGGACAAUGCUGGACUAAGUUGCUUACACAUAGUGUUCUAG